AUGGCAAAUUUUAAGUUUUGCACGUCUACCCUUUGCAUCUUUUUGCUAGCCUUCUUAUUUGGAUGUGCUACUGGAACCCGUAUCCUUGUCGAUACAACCCCACUUUUGACUACCCAGCACGACUCGUUUGGUCCAAUAAACGCGGCUGAUGCCCCUGAUGUGGAACCUCAAGAUGACCCCACCCCUGACCUACCAACAGAUGAUACCCCCACUACCAUAGCACCUGCACCAGUUAGUCCUUCUGUCCCUUUACCAGACGCAACAAGUCCUGUUGUUGCCCCUGGUGUCACAGGUUCCCCGGUAGCAACAACUGCUACUACUAAUGUGGCACCAGUAACACCAGUGGCAACUCCAACAGGUGGGUCUGCAGCAGUUGGUGCAACCAAUGGCGAACACCCAACCUUGAGCUUCUUUAUGCAUGAUGUGCUAGGAGGGUCUCAUGCUACAAGCAGAGUGGUCACAGGAAUUGUUGCCACAUCUGAUGCCAAUGCUGUGCCCUUUUCAAGACCCAACAGUCAAGUUUUUCCAAUAACCGGUGGAGUCCCGCUAAGCAACAUCAAUGGCAUAGUCAAUAACAACAAUCUUCCAUUCUUAGCUGGCUUCAAUGGCAAUAGCCCAAACAACCCGAAUUCCAACACUGUCCUCCAAAACACUGGGAACAACAAUGUUGUCAAUGGAGGAAACAACUUACCAUUUGUCUCUGCAGGUCAACUUCCAUCUGGCAUAACCCUGCAACAACUCAUGUUUGGGUCAAUCACUGUGAUAGAUAACGAGUUGACUGAAGGACAUGAACUUGGGACCGGGGUGCUCGGAAGAGGACAAGGGUUCUACCUCUCAAGCUCAUUAGAUGGGAGUAGUCACACAUUUGCACUAACCACAUUGUUCCACGGUAGUGAUCAUGAAGUAGAUGAUACAAUUAGUUUCUUUGGGGUUCACCGGACUGCUUCAGAAGUCUCUCAUAUAGCUGUAAUUGGUGGGACAGGUAAGUAUGAAGAUGCCAAGGGAUAUGCUACCAUUGAAAGUCUACCUCAAGUGGAUGAACACACUACUGAUGGAGUUGAAACCAUUGUUCAUGUUAAUGUCUACCUUACUACACCAUAA